CUACACACGCAGGUGCUUAUCUCUAAGCAGUCAAAGGCACUGGAUGUCAUAUCAUGGGAACUACCUUUCAAAGAAACAGCUUUAGUCUUUCCUUUCAGCACACAAGGGAGGAGAAAAAUAUAAGUUUUGGAAACACACAAAAAAAGCCCCCAGUUCUGUGAAAUUCCUUCAAGGAUUGCGUCACUUUCGUUUUAUGUGGCUGCAUGCUCAUACCAAAUCUAAGAAAUGGACACUCUCCAAUUCAAAUACAGUAGCUGUUAGGGAAGGAUGAAUUUCAGAAUUCCCCACUAAAUUGGAAAAAGAUAUUUAGUCACUCUGAGGGGCAGAGAAAACAGUUGGCAUACAAGUUACCUGGAGAAAUGAAGUGGAAUGACCUCAGGACUUGGUGUUCGUGUUACAGAUGGAUGCAGAGGCUGAAGAUAAAACACUGCGUACCUGCUCAAAGAGGACAGAAGGACCAGAGCAAGAAGAAAGUCAAUCCACCAGUGAGAAGUCAAGUGUGGUCUGACCCAGCCACUUCCUGGUUAUUAUCUCUGUGUGGGUGAAAAGUUUCAGUCACGAAGUUUUGGAAAUCAUCAACUGAAUUGAAACUUUCUUUUUGUGUGUGUGUGAACAGUGCCAAUGGAUUCUCUAAUCCAAGAGCUCAGUGUUGCAUAUGAUUGCUCUAUGGCGAAGAAGAGGAGAGCUGAAGAGCAGGUUUUGGGAGUCCCAGUCAACAAGAGGAAAUCCCUGCUGAUGAAGCCCCGACACUACAGCCCAGAUAUGGACUGCAAAGGAGAGCAAGAUGACAGGAACGAGGAUGAUGGUCCCUUAGACACGAGUGAGCACUCCAUUGAAGAAGGAAUCAUAAUAAAACCCAUGGAUAACACCCUUCAUUCACACGCACAAGAACACUCCCUCCGGAAGGAAGACCCAUACACCUGCUAUCCAGAGCUCACAGUGAAGUCUUUAAUGCACGUGGGGAAGUUUGAGAAAAAUAUGACCACAAACAUAGUAAGUGAAAACUUAAAUGACAGUGGUAUCCAGUCUUUAAAAGCAGAGAGUGAGGAGGCAGACGAGUACUUCCUGAUUCCCUCUGAUGAUGGAAGAAACCAAGUUGAUGGUUCCCAGCCACCAUUCUGCCCCUCUGACAACAGUGAAAGUAACUCUGAAAGUGCAGAGAAUGGAUGGGACAGUGGCUCCAACUUGUCAGAAGACACCAAACCUCACACAGGCCCCAAAUACACGUUGGCAGAUAACAAAAAAGACCUAAUGGACGUUCCUGCAGUAAAAGCUGAAGGUGACAAAUUGGUGCCAUAUGAGAGCAAGGGUGACUCGGACUCAGACGGGAGAGACCCACAGAACCCCCGCGUGAGGCCCUUGGACGUCAGAUCCCAGCCUUUACUCCCUGAAGCUGAAGAGGAAGAUGGCAAGAGCCCAGCCACAGUGACAGAGGAGCCUGGUGACCUGGAGAAACCCCAGGGAAACCUGAGGCUACUGGAGAAAGCCAUCGCUGUGCAGGCUGAGCGGGGCUGUGGGCUCCACCACAUGUACGGCGAGUUGGACCACUUCCUCCUAGACCAUCUAGCCCGGGAAAGGAAGCACAGCAAAGUUGCUGAUAUCGGAGGAAGACAGAUCUUCAACAGCAAACAUUCACCAAGGCCUGAAAAGAGGGAGACCAAGUGCCCCAUCCCUGGGUGUGAUGGCACAGGGCAUGUGACAGGGCUCUACCCCCACCAUCGCAGCCUUUCAGGGUGCCCUCACAAAGUACGGGUUCCUCUGGAAAUUCUUGCCAUGCAUGAAAAUGUGCUCAAGUGUCCCACCCCAGGAUGCACCGGAAGGGGCCAUGUGAACAGCAACCGCAACACUCACAGGAGUCUUUCUGGUUGUCCAAUUGCUGCAGCUGAAAAACUGGCCAUGUCCCAGGACAAAAAUCAGCUUGAUUCUUCCCAGACCAGGCAUUGUUCUGACUUGACCCACAGGACAAGCUUGGUGAAGCAAAUUGAAUUCAAUUUCCGUUCCCAAGCCAUCACCUCUCCUAGAGUCACCGUGUCAAAAGAACAAGAGAAGUUCGGGAAAGUACCCUUUGAUUAUGCCAGUUUUGAUGCGCAAGUUUUUGGUAAACGUCCUCUGAUACAAACAGGGCAAGGACAAAAAACACCGCCAUUUCCUGAAUCAAAGCCUUUUUCAAAUCCAGUGAAAUUUCCUAAUCGCUUGCCUAGUGCCGGUGCCCACACACAGCGCACGGGCCGUGCCAGCUCUUACGGCUACGGUCAAUGCAGUGAAGACACCCACAUAGCGGCAGCUGCUGCCAUCCUGAACCUUUCCACCCGCUGCAGGGAAGCCGCAGACAUCCUCUCCAACAAACCACAGAGCCUGCAUGCCAAGGGAGCUGAGAUAGAGGUGGAUGAAAAUGGUACACUGGACUUAAGCAUGAAAAAAAAUCGAAUACCAGACAAGGCUACCCCCCUCACUUCCUCCAGUACUACCAUUCCUACCCCGUCCUCCUCUCCGUUUAAAGCAAGCAGCAUUUUGGUCAAUGCUGCAUUCUACCAGGCCCUCUGUGACCAGGAAGGCUGGGACACACCCAUCAACUACAGCAAAACCCACGGGAAGGCAGAGGAGGAAAAAGAGAAAGACCCCAUGAACUCUCUAGAAAAUUUAGAGGAAAAAAAGUUUCCUGGAGAGCCCUCUAUGCCAAGUCCAAAACCCAAGCUCCACACAAGAGACCUUAAGAAAGAACUAAUCACCUGUCCAACACCAGGAUGCGAUGGUAGCGGGCAUGUCACAGGCAACUAUGCAUCUCACCGCAGUGUUUCAGGAUGCCCGUUAGCAGAUAAGACUCUCAAGUCCCUCAUGGCAGCCAACUCCCAGGAGCUUAAGUGCCCAACGCCAGGUUGUGAUGGUUCCGGGCAUGUCACUGGAAACUAUGCUUCCCACAGGAGCUUGUCUGGCUGCCCUCGUGCAAGGAAAGGUGGUGUCAAAGUUACCCCUGCCAAGGAAGAAAAGGAAGAUCCUGAACUGAAAUGUCCUGUAAUAGGAUGUGAUGGCCAAGGUCACAUAUCAGGUAAAUACACUUCACACCGCACAGCUUCUGGCUGUCCCCUGGCUGCCAAGAGACAGAAGGAGAAUCCUCUCAGUGGAGGCCCUCUCUCCUGGAAACUAAACAAGCAAGAACUGCCCCACUGUCCCUUGCCAGGCUGCAACGGGCUAGGUCAUGUAAAUAAUGUUUUCGUCACCCACAGAAGCUUAUCUGGAUGUCCUCUCAAUGCACAAGUACUCAAAAAGGGAAAGAUAUCUGAGGAGCUAAUGACCAUCAAGCUCAAAGCAACUGGGGGUAUAGAGGGUGAUGAAGAAAUUAGGCAUUUAGAUGAAGAAAUAAAGGAACUGAAUGAAUCCAACCUUAAAAUUGAAGCAGACAUGAUGAAACUUCAGACACAGAUCACAUCAAUGGAGAGCAACCUGAAGACGAUAGAGGAGGAGAACAAGCUCAUAGAGCAGAACAAUGAAAGUCUGCUGAAAGAGCUGGCGGGGCUCAGCCAAGCGCUCAUCUCAAGUCUUGCUGACAUACAGCUGCCACAGAUGGGGCCUAUCAAUGAGCAGAAUUUUGAAGCAUAUGUAAAUACACUCACAGACAUGUACAGCAAUCUGGAACGGGACUAUUCCCCGGAAUGCAAAGCUCUACUGGAAAGUAUCAAACAGGCAGUGAAGGGUAUCCAUGUGUAGGAUCACAGCGCUGGCUGCCGGGCAGAGGUUACCAACAGCAGUGAACUCCAUCCAGAUGGGUCUGCGUGGGGCUCGUAUACUCUUAAGGCAUGCAGGCUGCCCUACUGCAUUUAUAACUGCAACAUUGCACUAAUUUUUCCCCAGCUGACAUAAAAAGGAAAGAAAAACUAUGAUAGACUCUUUG